UCUCCUCGUGUCUGCCCGUCUUUCCGUACCCUAGACAUCAGCCGUGACGAUGGACGGUCCCGUUCAGUAUUUCUCUCUAUCAGAGCGCAUCCUCCAGUAACAGAGAGGAAAGGCGCAGGGACGCUGAGCGGAUUUUCCAACUAUCCUCGGAAUCUCUCCAUCACAUUGCACGCCUGUGGAUGCUGAAGAAGGGGACCUGUAUUAUUUAUAGACGCGUGCGACAGAGGAAGUGGGUGUUUUCGCGGGGUCAUCUCGGUAAAGAUGUAACGCGGGCGGUAUGACGUUCAGUUGGCAACGUCGUUAACUUUCGAGCCAAGUGCCUUGGGAAAAAGCGCAGACAUGAGAUAAGUCACAACGCUUGAAUGUGUGGGCGAAUCAGGAAGACGGAGUUAUGUCAUCCAAGAGAAAGUGGGUUUGUUAGUGGUUUGGUCCUUGCACUUGUCCGGGAUGGGUAUUGGAGCUCGGCGCGCGUUUGAUCAGUGGAUCGGGCAGUAAAGGAGCAACUUCAGAUUAAACCAAACGUUGGAAGGAUUGUAAACUGAGGUCCUCUGGUGGAUUAUUUGACUUUUUAAGAGUCUCUGGUACCAUGUGUGCCGCGAUGAGAAGUUUCACAUUGGCUUCGGAGAGUUGGAAACGCAAGUUGGGCGCGCACGAUUUCUCAGGAUUUCAACAACUGAUUUUGCUGUAAACGUGCACUUUUAACAAGAGCUAAGAGCUAAGUAGACAACAAUGCCGACUAAUUUCAAUGCAAUCAACUGUUUUGUUUUGUAAAUGGUGCUUUAAAUAGGCUAAAGUAAAUCAUUACUGCGCUUCAAAUGUGGAAAUACUUGGAUAUGCGUGUUGUCAAUAUCCUGUGAUGGCCUUUAAUGUGAUGUUUAUUCAUCGUGAUUGGAAGAAGACUUGUGGGAUUUUAAAAAGUUGAAGACGUAAAGAAAUAUUCUGUAAAGCUACUUGGAUCAAGCGUAGCAUAUAAAGUCAUCAGGGUAAUGGAGUUGGACAGCGCACGUGUUUCUGCUACUUACAGCUGCAUUAUAAAGAUUAACGUACAAAAUCACCAAAAUAUUUGCAUUUAAAAUGCACAAAAUGGCGCACAAAUACUGCACAAAACCCCAAAAUGCGCUGACUUGAUGUUUGAGAUUAUCUAUGAAAAGUUGAGAAUCACUGAAGCUCGUGCACAAUCGGUUUAGAUGACUGACGCUCCAACAGGUGACCAAGCGGUCUGUGUAGACUCAGAAUUCUAGUAUUGGUAUGAGAGCUGCUCCCGUGGGUUUACCGUCAACCCUCCGUGCUUCCGUCUUUUCCCGUCCUGCUUCUCGCCGUCCACAUGCAGGCAAAGAAGCGAUACCUGCUGGUAUCCGUGGGGGCCUGUAGCCUGCUACUAGCCUACCUGUGGGCCCUUCAGAUCGGUGAGUUCCAAAACCAGAACCAUGCAGAGCUUUACAGAGUCUCACAGAUUCCCGGCAUCCAACCUCGGACGCCCCGCUGGCCGGAAUCGGUGGAGCAGCCCCUGCAGACCUACCUGGGCGAGGCCGAGCAGGAAGAAGACGGGCCGCAGCUUCUUCAUCAGCACACCUCUCCUCGCGAGAGACGGGAAAUCCAAAAGAACAUCUACAAGAGCCGCCGGUGCCGCAUGGACACCUGUUUCGACUUCCGGCGCUGUGAGCGGGGCUUUAAAAUCUACGUGUACCCCCCACAGAAAAGCGAAGUGCCCUCGGAAAGCUACCUGAAGAUUCUGGCGGCCAUCGAGGAAUCGCGCUUCUACACCACUGACCCUAAUGAGGCCUGUCUGUUUGUGCUGAGCAUAGACACUCUGGACAGGGACCAGCUGUCCUCGCAGUACGUCCAUAACGUCCGAGCCAGAAUUCAGAGCCUCCCUCUGUGGUACGAGGGAAGGAAUCAUCUCAUUUUUAACCUGUACUCCGGAACGUGGCCCGAUUACACAGAGGAUCUGGGCUUUGAUAUCGGCCAAGCCAUGUUGGCCAAGGCCAGCACGGACAUGGACAACUUCAGGCCGCACUUUGACGUGUCCAUCCCUCUGUUCUCGAAAGACCAUCCUCAGAAAGGAGGAGAUAAAGGUUAUCUAACCCUUAACAACGUCCCUCCCUUACGGAAAUACUCGCUGGUCUUUAAAGGAAAGAGGUACCUAACUGGCAUCGGUUCCGAAACCAGAAAUGCUUUGUAUCAUAUACAUAACGGGGAUGAUAUCGUUUUAUUGACUACUUGCAAACACGGAAAAGACUGGGAAAAGCAUAAGGAUGCGAGGUGCGACCGAGACAAUGAAGAAUACACAAAGUUUGAUUAUCAGGAGCUCUUACACAACUCCAGUUUCUGCCUUGUUCCUCGAGGCAGGCGGCUCGGGUCCUUCCGCUUUCUAGAGGCCCUGCAGGCCGCCUGUAUUCCUGUUCUGCUGAGUAAUGGAUGGGAGCUGCCGUUCUCUGAGGUCAUUGACUGGAGUAAAGCGGCCGUCAUCGGUGAUGAGAGAUUACUGCUGCAGGUUCCAUCUAUCACCAGGUCUGUGGGUCCUGACAGAAUCUUGGCCCUACGGCAACAGACCCAGUUCCUGUGGGACGCCUACUUCUCCUCUGUCACAAAGAUAGUCUUGACCACACUAGAGAUUAUUCAUGACAGGAUCCGGAUGCACAUGUCCAGAAGCAGGCUGAUGUGGAACUCUGUACCCGGAGGACUCUACGCACUUCCAGAAUUCUCCAGCGACCCCGCCCUCUUCCCGUUUUACUACUCGCCACUCGGUAAGAGUCCGUCUCAGGAUUUUACAGCCGUCAUUCAAGCGGUCACAUCUUUACAGUCCCAGCAGCAGCCCAUAUUCAAACUCAUCCACGCGGUUGCCAAGUCCAAGUUCUGCGUGCAGAUUUUAGUGCUGUGGAACUGUGAGAAGCCUCCACCACCCAGAAACAAGUGGCCCUCCAUCUCAACACCCUUCACUGUUAUUGAAAGCAAGAAAAAGACAAUGAGUGGUCGCUUUUAUCCUCAUCUUGCUAUCAAAACUGAUGCGGUUCUCAGCCUGGACGAGGACUCGGUUCUGUCCACCAAUGAGGUGGAUUUCGCAUUCAUUGUUUGGCAGAAUUUUCCAGAUCGGAUCGUAGGCUACCCAGCGCGGAGCCAUUACUGGGACAGUGGCAAGGGGAGGUGGGGUUAUACCUCUAAAUGGACCAAUGAGUACUCAAUGGUGCUGACAGGAGCUGCGUUCUACCACAGGUAUUAUCAUCAUCUGUACACGUACUACCUGCCAACGUCUCUGCUGUCCAUGGUAGACCAGUUGGCCAACUGCGAGGACAUCCUCAUGAACUUCCUCAUCUCUGCGGUAACCAAACUCCCGCCAAUCAAAGUCACACAGAAGAAACAAUACAAGGAGACCAUGAUGCAGCAGGGCUCUAAAUCGUCUCGAUGGGCCGACCCAGACCACUUUGCACAGCGUCAGUCCUGCAUGAACUCUUUCACAAGCUGGUUUGGCUUCAUGCCUCUCCUUCACUCUCAGUUGCGUCUGGAUCCAGUGCUCUUCAAAGAUCAGGUCUCCAUCCUACGCAAGAAAUACAGAGACAUCGAGAGGUUGUGAGGAGCUCCGGCCACUUUCUGUUCGGACACGUCUGAUUUGCCUGGACUUGUUAACAGAUAUGAUGAAAUAUGCAACACUGAGUGAUUUUAUCUGCAGCCGAAAGUUUCGUAGCAAACGGUCGCUCAGAUUUGGAUUGACUAUGUUGCCGGUUUGACUUUGUUGUUGUUGUCAUCAGUGAUGUCAUCCGAGGGGUGUGGUCACUGAAUGUCAAUGAACAGGAUGGAUAAAAUGGAUAAAAAAGGGUCACCUAUGCCUGCAAUAUGUAUUUUAAUUUUAAUUAUUUUUUUUAAGAAAUUAUCUUUUUUUUAUGAAGUUUAAAAAAAUAAAACCUAUG